UCAGAAUCCUCCCUCUCUCACAUUUCAUGCAUUUCUCUGCUACUUAAUUUAACCCCUUUAUUUAUUUUAUUAGAAACAAAAAAAGAAAAGAAAGAAUAUUAUGGAAAACGAAAAUCUAACUUCAACCGAACUGCAUGGCGGCAUCCCCCAAUCAUCAUCAUCGGAAUCCUUGUUUCUCAAUCACCACUUCGACGGCAGAGAUUUCACGUCGGAAACGGAAAUGAUGCUGAUGAUGUCACGAUCCCUGCGUCAGCAACAGGAACUCAUGGACCGGGAAAACGCCGUUCUGACGAAUUAUCUGAAGGAAACCGUGAAACAAGCUCAGGCGCUCCGUCAAGAGAACGUCAACCUUAAGAUGGUCAACUCCGAGUUGACCAACCGGCUGACCUUGUUGAUGAAGGCCGUGUCGGAUUACGGGCUUUCAUCGAGUUCCGGUAUGGAUUCGGUGGUUAGCGGGUUGAGCUGGAUGUGUUUGGCCGGCAAUGAUGUGGGGAGUGAAGGUGAAAGUCCGAGUCCGACCAGCGUGAUGGAUUCCGGCAGGGUUGAAGGGAAUUCCGACAGGGUGGUUUUACCCAAGAGCAUUUCCGUCCGGUCAACGGGAUACUUGAAGUCGUCGGUUCAAGCUACCGGUGGGAGUAAUAAUAUUAGUAGUAGUAGUGGAAUUGGAGUUGGGGUAAAUAAGGUACUCAAGAGUAGUAACAAAAUCUGCAAUGACGCGCAAAGGGUAUACGUGAGAGGAGGGAAAAAAGAGGAGCAGCCGAUGGAGUUAGAGGUAUACAAUCAAGGGAUGUUCAAGACUGAAUUGUGCAAUAAAUGGCAAGACACCGGGGCAUGUCCUUAUGGAGAUCACUGCCAAUUUGCUCAUGGCAUUCAUGAGCUUCGCCCCGUCAUCCGACACCCUCGGUACAAGACCGAAGUGUGUCGGAUGGUGCUCAACGGCGACCAUUGCCCUUACGGACACCGUUGCCACUUCCGGCACAGUCUCACUGACCGGGAGAAACUCAUCAGGUCCAUCAACCUAAGAUCCUUCAAGGGACUCCAAUAUCCGUAGCCCGCCCUUUCUUUGCCACAUUUUGAUCGUGUUUGGAGAUGAGAAGAUUUACAGAUGAGAAAAGUAUAUAUAUAGAAAUGAAUUUGUAGAGUUAGUUCAUAAUCCGUAAAAUAAAUAAUCCUUUGUUUUACUAAUUAAGUUGCAAAUGGAAGUGUAUGAUGCAUCUCUAUAUACGUUACAGUGAGGUGCUGAUCAACACUGUAUAUCAAAAACUAGAGCACCUACAAGAAGGAAUUGAUAUAUGGCCAAAUGUGAAAUUAUAUGUAUUUUAUUUUUCUAUAGUACCAUUUUUGUGUAUGUGUAACCUUUUAGCACUUUGAUAUGCUAUUGUAACGUGGUUGAAUAGUCAAUUAUGUGAGUAGAACAAUAUUAAGAGACAUUUCAUCUGUAUUUUUUAGUAAAUACAUUAAUAUUCUUUACAUUUUACAAUAAUAAUCCUAUUAUG